GUGCCAUUUUAAAAGAAAAAUGUAGUUUAAGUAAGAAUACUUUGCAAAGCAGGAUCUUGAAACAGAGCUAAGUAUCAUGCAACUGAUGUCACUGGAAGAAUGUUGCACUUCACUGUGUGCAAGAAAGUAAUCCUGGUGGAGAAGUCCAGCCGAGUAUCAAAGUUUGGUAUUCUUAUGACGAGUAACUGAAGAGAGAAUAAUUUUGAAUACAUCAAUCUGAAAGGAAAAGAGUAAAAUUGGUUUAUGAAGUCACCAGAGGGAAAUUAUGAAAAAAUGCUUCAGACUGAAAAUGAGAAUACGGUGGUGAUAAGUUUAAUAACAAAUUGUCAAUCCAUAAAUAUGAUGCAGCAUUAAGAACCUAUUGGAUCUACGCAGUUCACACAAUUUUCUCUCAACUUGUUGGUCUGGGAAUCUGCCGUGAUUUGCACGUUAAAAUUUGUGCCUCUAAACUGUUAAACAAUUGUGACACUUGAAACUGGAUAGACAUAAGAAUGGAAAUGGACGUGGAUAUCAAAGCUCUCAAAAAUCUAGAACGUGAGAAGGUGCUGGAAGUCCUUCAACGGGAUGAAAUACUACGUAAAGCUGAUGAGGACCGGAUAAGAAAGUUAAAAUCUGAAUAUCAAGAAAUUCGACGAAAGGGAGCAAAAAUCUCUCAGUGGGACCGUAGCAGCCGAUCCUGUGCUCGAUGUCAGACAACCCUAGGACUGGUAUUUAAAGUUGGCGUGGUGUGUAGCUUUUGCAGUCACAAAGUGUGCCAUGAAUGCUGUGUGUACAAAAAUAAUAAAGUGUGGAGAUGCACAGUAUGUCAUGCUCACAGGCAAAUGAAGGUGAAAUCUGGAGAAUGGUUCAUUGAUGAAAGAGCAAAGAAGUUUCACCAAGAGGAAGGUAAACACGAAACAAUAAGUGAGAAGCUGUUACAGACGUUUCGAACACUGAGUAAAAUUGCCAUUGUACCUCCUACUCCUCCACCUGUGGAUACUUUAAAGGAAGAUAAGCAUUCAAAAGGAUUCACCAGAUCAAUGGAGAAUUUGUUUUGGUCGCUCACUGGUCACAUCAAACAAAUCUCAAAGUCCCAAGAAGAUGUGAUGAAGGGCAAAUUACUUACAGCAAGUUAUGGGAUAGAAGACUGUGAGCUAAAGAAAGAGAGGAGAAGUCAGUCGGAUACAGCUUUAGCCAGCUCUUGUAAGCAGCUAACAACCUCAGCCAGUCUCCUCAAAGUCAACAAGCAAGAUGAAAAAGAUGGAGGACAUUUAUGUGAAAUGGAUUUGCAGCAGACAGAGGAAGUCAAUUAUACAUCAAGUCAACUCUAUGCAAAAAGAGGAAGCCUGGUUCAUACUCGACAUGAAAUACCACAGUGGGGUAGCAUUUACAGCAUCACCAGCACAUGCACGGAACCAGAGACUUUGGGCAAUGCGAAUGUUACUGGUGAAAUUGAGCUGUCUAUACGGUACAAUUUUCAAGCUGUAGCAUUGGAAAUCCACAUCAAAGCAUGCAAAAAACUAGCUUAUGGAGAUGAGAAAAAAAAAAGAUGUAACCCAUACGUGAAGACCUAUUUGCUUCCUGACAAGUCUCCUCAGAGUAAAUUGAAGAGCACAGUGAAGAAGAACUCGGUGAAUCCAGUUUUUAAUGAAACAUUAAGGUACAAUAUUGAAAGAUCACAGUUGGACACGAGGACUCUUCAUGUCUCCGUUUGGCACUGUACAAUGCUCAAACGGAAAGUGUUUUUGGGGGAGUUGCUGAUUCCUUUUGUGGAUUGGAAGUUUGAAGAGAAUUUCACUCAGUCAUAUAACUGGUACCACCUACGAGACAAGAUACUGCCAGACCAGAAGAAUUAGGCCAGCCCAGUAGCUUUAGGUAAAGAUAACAGUUUACAUGAAUAUUUGCACCCUGAAAGACAUUUCUGGAAUUAAAUUUUCAGGCUGCGAAAGGAAUGAUUGGAAGGAAACCCUCAGAAGCUUAAAAACGUUUGGAUUGAUUCUAGUAGAUUUACUACUACUUAAAGAACAUGUAAUGUGUACUUUAUAGAUCAUUUUCAAUUGUGUUAAAAA